UCAGACAACAUCACCAACAGCUUGGUCUGUGCGUGUGUGUGUGUAUGGAGGCAAAGCAGAGAGUGAGAGAGAGAGGCAGCGCACGAGAGCCAGAGAGAGAGCGACACAGAGAGCGACACAGAGAGUGAGAGAGAGAGCAGUGAAGGGGGAGUCUCCGUAUUCUUUCACCUACCCCCCGUCAAACCACAGGAAGGAGGGGCCAGACCCUAAGCUGCCAAUCAAAUCCGCUCGUGGCAGCCGGCAUUAUCUCAGCAACAAACUAUUGACAGAUUACAUGUCAAGGAGUUUAGUGCAUGAUUGAAGGAAGCCUUUUUUUAUCUAGUUACUUUUCCGCUUUAUUUCCCCUUCCACCAACCAACAUUCGAAUGACUUUCUAACAGAGUUGAGUAAUAUUAUGAAAGUUACAUGUCUGAGAGGAUUUAACUUCGACUUCCCUGAAUAUGCUGAAAGGAGUUUAUGCACUGAAACGACCUCAGGAAAAUCCAAGAUGGCCGCCAAAAGGAAAGGUGGCCUAAAACUCAAUGCUAUCUGUGCCAAGCUGAGCCGCCAGGUGGUGUUCGACAGCAGCUCCCAGAAUGCAGAGGGAGACCAGAGUGUAGCAGACAACAGCGAGCGUGGCAGUUCCCACUACGAUGACAAUGAGACCAACUUCCCUGAGAGCCUGAGCCUGACUCAGAGCCUAGAGGAGGACCAGAAGAGACGCGAGGCCAUCGAAAAGUGGGUCAACGGUGAGUACGGCGACGAGCCGCCAGUUCCUGAUGAUGAACAGGAGCAAGAACUCAAAGUCAGCACUGACGAAGAUGCCCCUCCUGAGGGCGUGUACAUGGUACAGCCCAAAGGCUGCAGUGAUGAUGAAGAGGAGGCUGAGCCUGUGGCAAGGUCUCGGGAUGGUAGUUUCCAUGACAACAAAGAAGUUGAAGACAGGCCUUCAAAAGAUGACACCUACAUGCCGCCAAGUGAGGCCCAGAGUCGCCAACCACCUUUCUCCUCUCCAGGAGAAGCAUCUGCCCUGCGAGACUAUGCAGCCAACACCAUGAAUGAAUUUUUGGGAAUGUUCGGUUAUGAUGACCAGCAGGUAAGGGAUGAGCUGACCAAGAAGAUCAGCUUUGAGAAGCUCAAAGCCGCUACCUCAGACCCUUCAUCCCUCAGCAGUGAGGAGGCCUCACGGCGUGCCCGCUUCUCUAAGUACGAAGAGUACAUUCGCAAGCUAAAAGCCGGCGAGACUUUACCUUGGCCCAUUCAUGCUUCCCCACCCAAACCAGACGACCUCAACUCAAAACUGGCCCAAGACAAGAGCGCUACCAUGCUCCAGACCUCCGGGUGCCUCCCAGGGGCCGAGGCACAGAUCUACCCCUCCAGCCUGGACCACAAACAGCCAGGAGGACCUCAGCUUGGCACUUCUCAGCCACCAAAUCCCGCUCACAUCCAGAACAUGGUGUCCCGAGCCUCCAAGUAUGACUUCUUCAUUCAGAAGCUGAAGAUGGGCGAGAGUCUACAGCAGCAGAACGGUAAUGCUUACAAGCGACCCUCCAAGUAUGACUUAGAAAAUGUCAAGUUUCUGCACCUCUUCAAGCCUGGUGAAGGCAACCCUGACAUGGGCGGUGCCAUCGCCUUUAAGACUGGCAAAGUGGGCCGUCCUUCGAAGUAUGACGUCAGAACAAUUCAGAAGCUAAUGCCAGGAAAUCCUGAGGCCUCACUGAUGCCCAAUGUCCUCGCUACAGCACCAGGGAACCCAGGAGCUCCUGGUGUCCCCACCGUAGCCGCAACUGGGGCCAGCAUCGCCCCAGGGCUCACAAUGGACCAGACGGGACACAUAAGCUUCAACGCCUCUGACUACCUGAAGUCCAGCUUUUCCAAGACUGACUCCAUCACCACGGGGACUGUGUCCUCUGUUAAGAAUGGCCUGCCACCAGAUAAACCCGCCAGCGACGACAUCAACCUCUACCAGAAAUAUAUUGCCAGGUUCUCUGGAAGUCAACACUGUGGACAUGUGCACUGUGCAUACCAGUACAGAGAGCAUUACCACUGCAUGGACCCUGAGUGUAACUACCAGGUGAGCAGGUUUACCAGUAAGCAGGAUGUAAUCAGGCACUACAACAUGCACAAGAAGAGGGACAACUCCCUGCAGCAUGGCUUCAUGCGCUUCAGCCCUCUGGACGACUGCAGUGUCUACUACCAUGGCUGCCACCUCAAUGGAAAAAGCACCCAUUACCACUGCAUGCAGGUGGGCUGCAGCAAGGUGUACACCAGCACCUCAGAUGUCAUGACCCACGAAAACUUCCACAAAAAAAAUGCCCAGCUGAUCAACGAUGGCUUCCAGAGAUUUCGCGCCACCGAGGACUGUGGCACAGUCGGGUGUCAAUUCUACGGGCAGAAGACUACACACUUCCACUGCAGGCGCCCAGGCUGCACAUUCACCUUCAAGAACAAGUGUGACAUUGAGAAGCACAAGAGCUACCACAUCAAGGAUGAUGCCUAUGCCAAAGAUGGCUUCAAGAAGUUCUAUAAGUAUGAGGAGUGCAAGUACGAGGGCUGCGUGUACAGCAAAGCUACCAACCACUUCCACUGCAUCCGCUCAGGCUGCGGCUUCACUUUUACCUCCACCAGCCAGAUGACCUCCCACAAGCGCAAACACGAGCGCCGGCACAUCCGCUCCUCUGGUGUCAUGGGCCUCUCUUCCACCUUCCUUGCCCCGAAGGAUGAGCCAGAGGAAUCGAGCAAUGAUGACCUGAUGGACUUCUCGACCAUCAGCAGCAAGAACUCCAGCCUGAGUGCCUCGCCUACGACCCAGCAGUCCACCACUGUACCGCACCUGUUGGCCACACCCACCACUGUUGUCUCUUCCUCCUCUACAUCAGGCCACACCCUCAAACCUGCCCCCUCGCUGCCCAGUGCGGGCCAGCGUAUGUCCAGCCUGCUGUCCCAGGCCCUGCCCAGCAACAUGCCAGUGGCCCUUGCUCUUUCCAACAGUGCCCUGGCAACCUCCAACCCGUUCUUCCCCCUCAUGCCCAGGCUGCCUCUCCAACCACCUCCACCGGCCGCAAGCCUGAUAUCAGCCGUAUCCUCUGGGGCCCACUCCAUGCCCACCGACUCACUGACCCAAGGAUGCUCCACAGUGGGGGCAGAUGGAGCCAUGGCAUCUACCCCAACCUCCUUCGCCACCUCCUCCAUCAUGGAGAAGAUCUCGGCAAGCAAAGGUCUAAUAUCACCCAUGAUGGCCAGACUGGCAGCUGCGGCCCUGAAGCCCUCCAACAACCCAGACAUAGGGAAUGGGCAGCCGGCUUCAGUCAGCCAGUUCAAUCUGGUUCAAGUGAAGCAGGAGCCAGUGGACGCCAAUUCUGGGGCUUCCCAAGACUCCACGCAGGAGCACAGCCUGGACCUGAGCAAAAAAGAACACAGUAAUGAAUCAAACGGACACCCUGUACCAGGGAAUACAUCUCUUUUAUCCUCGCUUAUGAAUAAGAUGUCACAGGUGAACCCUGCCCUGUUCAACGCCAUGAACCUGAAGACAGAGCUGGAGGCAGGCCAGGGCGGCAACACCUCGGAGACGGCGCAGUAUCUGAACAGAGUCCUGAAGAGACCCAUGCCAGAAAAACCCACUGAGAUCUGGAGGACAUAUCUCCGCAGGUUUGACACGGAUGACUUCUGUGAGGCUCAGUGUGACUUCCUUCAGAAGGUGCACUUUCAUUGCUUGGUAGAGGACUGUGGAGCACUCUUCAGCACCGUAGAUGGGGCCAUAAAACAUGCUAACUUCCACCUCCGAGCCACCUUGAAAGUGAAGUCGGAGCCUCAGUUCGGUGAGGGCAAAGACUCGGGUGAGGGAGCCCCGCUGCACCCUGCUGCACCCGUCUCUAUGGCCAACAAUCCUUCCAUGGAUGUGGCACACCUCACCUCCUCUGGUGGAUACAGCUCUCCUCCUCCCUCCCUGCUGGCCUGGAAGCAACUGACUGGCAGCAUCCCUCAGAUGCCGGCCUCGAUGCCCAACCUGCCAGCCAACUCCCCUUUGGCCACCACCUCUCUGGAGAAUGCUAAGCCACAAGUCAAACCUGGUUUCCUGCAGUUCCAAGAAAAUGAUCCCUGUUUGGCUACUGACUGUAAAUACUCAAACAAGUUCCAUUUCCACUGCUUGUUUGGGAAUUGCAAGUAUGUGUGCAAGACGUCUGGCAAGGCUGAGUCCCACUGUUUGGACCACAUCAACCCAAACAAUAACCUGGUCAACGUCCGUGACCAGUUUUCCUACUACUCUCUCCAGUGUCUAUGUCCCAACCAGCACUGCGAGUUCAGAAUGAGAGGCCACUAUCACUGUCUGCGGCCUGGCUGCUACUUUGUCACUAACAUCACCACCAAGCUGCCGUGGCAUGUCAAGAAGCACGAGAAGGCGGAGCGCCGUGCUGCCAAUGGAUUCAAAUAUUUCACCAAGAGGGAGGAAUGUGGGAGGCUUGGUUGUAAGUAUAACCAAGUCAACAGCCACUUCCACUGCAUCCGCGAGGGUUGCCAGUUCUCCUUCCUGCUCAAGCACCAGAUGACCUCACACGCACGCAAACACAUGAGGCGGAUGCUGGGCAAGAACUUUGACAGAGUCCCAUCCCAGGUGAUGCCGCUGAGUCAGAGGGGAGAUGAGAUGCAGCAUGCAUCCGGUAUGAUGUCCGGGUCUGUAGCGAACCAGCCUGGUAUGAACUCCAGCUUCUCCUCCAACAUCAUGGAUGAGACUGAUGAGUACAUGGACUACAUGGGAGGAGGGGGCAGCCCAUUGGGCCUCUCCUCCGAGUCCUCCAACCAGGACCGGAGCUGCACCAGCACACCUGUAGGCAACGAUGGCUCUCCAGCAGGUGAGAACAUGUUUAAAAAAAAGACCUGACAGGUGUCAGUGUCA